GUCCACUUCAGCUCGCCCGACCCGGCCCACUAAAAACCCCACCCGUUAAGCUCAUACCCUGUUGACACUCCGCUUUCUCUAACAGUUUCACAAUCAGUCUCUCACUCAUUCUCAGAGCCCCUCCAGGAUUGUUGGCUCAAAAGUUUAGUCUUGUGUUUUUGAACUGUCAAGUCAAGGCGCAGCAACAAAAGAGAAACGACGUUGUUUUGAAACGAUUGUGGUUUAAAAAGCCUCUCUAGGUCGCUGCGAGUGUUGGAGAGCCGAAUUCAAUCCCUAACCCAGAGUUCGAGUUAGGAGUCAGUCAAUUUGAAGGUAUUGGAGUUCGAUUCGCAGCAGGCCAUUUGUAGGUUUUUUAUACGCAAGGCUUACGCCUUACUCCUCAAGGCGAACGCCUUCUUGAGGCUCACCAAAAAACGCCUCGGCCUACGCCUCAGCGUUUUAAAACAUUGGUGAAGAGAGCUCAGAGUUGUAACAGAAAGUUACUGAAAGAUGGCAUUGAGGCGCUACUUGGGGUUUUCAGAUGGCGAGCUGAUGAGGUCUGAUUGCAAACCUUGUUCCAGAUUGAUGAGACAGACUGCCGGGAUUUUCACAGUUGGAGGAGGAUUAGCAUUCUGGAUUCUUUGUAGAUUGCAUUAUGGUCCCAGAAUUACAGUUCCUAGGGCUCUUCGGUGGGGAGCUUGUGGAGCUUUAUCUGUGAGUUCGUCCACUGCUCUGCUGGUACGCCUGCUUAGUCCAGAAUGUGAGCCCCAAAACAUAGAAACUUAUGACAAGGGAAAGUAGCACCUAAUCAUGAAGAUUGUAUUGCUGUUUUGAUUAAGUUCUGACGGAUUGUUAUGUAGGAGUGUGAAUUAUAGAUGGAACUCGAUUUAAAGCUAGAUAUUUUGCUUUGAAAUGGAUGUACCAUUGAUAUGAAAUGAACAUGAUUAAGGAGAUGUUUUUCUUGCAUCUUUUAUGGUUA